GUUCCAUGGGCUCCGGGAAGGAGUCACUUGCUCUGCAGCCUCCUGGGAGAAUCCUCCCUGCUCCCCAAGUCUAAUGUUCUGCCGCGCCCCUUCUCAGACGGCCACGGCAACCGUCUCCCCGGCCCCGGGGCAAAGCGAGCCCUUGGCAGUGCGGCUUUAUGGGCCCCCUUUAAGGCUGGCGGAGGCAUCUCGGGGAUGGCGUGAGGCGUCCGUCGAGAGCACAGUUCGCUUCGCCUUCGCAUGGAUCCCUCCGCCGCGGUUAUCUCGCCCCCAUCUCGCUACUUCUCCUCGCAGUGGUGGGGUGCGAAAAUGCCUCGCCUGCGCGCACCGGGGGUGGCGGCGGAGGCGGCGGCGGCGAGAUCGGCGGGAGGGGGUUGCAGGGGGGGGCGAGGUGAGAGGUAGCAGCGGGCAAAGGUUUUAUUUCUUUUCCUCUUUUCCCUCCAGAGCAGGGUUUGUAAACCGAAGCCAAAAAAAGUAUCCCCGCAGGCCGGGCGCACUUUUUUCUUGUCCCGUUGUGCUAGGGCCGCCUGGUGCCUGAGAGGAAACAGUGGAGGCAGCGGGGCAGGUCAUCCAGGGCGUCGGCGAUUAUAUUGCAGCCGAGCCGGUGCGCGCCAGGAGAGACUGGGAGGGCGGCGGCGCGCGGGGGCUGGGCGAGGCCCCGCGAUCCGCGAGGGAGGCGGCGCAAGGCCGAGGCGGCGGCACCCCAGCCGGGUAUGAGUGCCCAGUAGCCCAGCACCCGGGCCGCUGGGCCUCAGAGGCGACGCGCACAGGGCGGGCGGGCGGCAGUAGCGACGUAGUCCGGCGGCUACAGCGGCGCGAGCGGCCGCCCCAGAGGCCCCCGCGGCAGUGCGGCCGAGCUCAGGCGCGCUCCCUGACUGCUCUGCGUCGCCUGCCCGUGCUGUCCUACGUCGGUCCUCGGCCGCCGCCGCCCGGAGGAGUUCGUACUUCGUGAACCCGCUGUACUCCAAGUACAAGGCGGCGGCCGCGGCCGCGGCCGCGGCGGGGCGAGGCCAUCAAUCCCACUUACUACGACUGUCACUUCGCGCCCGAGGUCGGCAGCCGCCACGCCGCCGCCGCGGCCGCCGCCGCCCUACAGCUCUAUGGCAACAGCGCCGCGGGCUUCCCGCACGCGCCCCCGCAGGCGCACGCGCACCCGCACCAGUCCCCGCCGCCCCACGGGGCCCGGGUGCGGCGGUGGGGGCGGCCGGGGCCCGGGCCCCGGCCAGGAUUACUUCCACCCGGGCGGGGGCAGCCCGGCCGCUGCCUACCAGGCCGCCCCACCUCCUCCUCCGCAUCCUCCGCCUCCGCCGCCGCCUCCCCCCUGCGGCGGGAUUGCCUGUCACGGGGAGCCCGCGAAGUUUUACGGAUACGAUAACUUACAGAGACAGCCGAUUUUUACGACCCAGCAAGAGGCCGAGCUGGUACAAUAUCCUGACUGUAAAUCGUCCAGUGGUAAUAUUGGCGAGGACCCAGACCACUUAAAUCAGAGCUCGUCUCCUUCUCAAAUGUUUCCCUGGAUGAGACCACAAGCAGCUCCUGGUAGACGAAGAGGAAGACAAACCUACAGUCGCUUCCAAACCCUAGAGCUGGAAAAGGAAUUCCUUUUUAACCCUUAUCUGACCAGGAAGAGAAGAAUUGAGGUUUCCCACGCCCUAGCCCUCACUGAGAGACAGGUAAAAAUCUGGUUUCAGAAUAGGAGAAUGAAAUGGAAAAAGGAGAACAACAAGGACAAAUUUCCCGUUUCCCGGCAGGAGGUGAAGGACGGGGAAAAAAAGGAAGUCCAAGAGCUGGAGGAAGACAAAGCUGAAGGCCCGACAAAUUAACUUCUACCUUUAAAAUUUUACCACAGACUAUUAAAACUAAUGGUCAACAUAUGGUGGUGGACACCACCUAUUUUAUUUUUUGGAAAGGACCUUACCUGUGUUUCAAGCUACCUUCAUGUCACUGCUCUUGAGGUUUCUGCGCUUUAAGAGGGAUUUGGGUGUUUAAACAAAGUUUCUAGUAUUGCAUACAAGCAAUACCUGAGCUGUCCUAUGAAAGGGUAAUUUGAUACUGACCUUGUAGCUAUAUUUUUGUAAUGGUAGUUUCUAAUGUCUGAGCUGGUGAUUUGCCUCAACAACGUAAACUUCCUAAUUAUUAGCACUAAAUAAUUGAAUAUGAAUGCUUUAUUAAUCAAACAAGUGCACUUGAACAACUUAAAUCUUUAUGGUGAGUAAAUUAAGUUUAUUAAUUUUAAAAAAUUAUGCCUGCAGAAUUUUUACUUUAUAUUAUUUGAUUAAAAUGUAUUAUUUAUGUUUUUCUUUAUGCUUUUAUAAUGAAUGGUUCAGGUGCCUUUUGUUUACUUCUAAAAAUAGUUAAAGGUUUCUCUGAGUAUUUUGUUGAUGUAAUAUAUCAGGGAAAAGUCUGGGCCAAAUAUUUGAAAAGCACAUGUUAGUUAAAGAGUAUAAUGUGUAGUCCAGGCUCUGGCAGCUUCCUUGAACUUCGGGAAAAUGUUGGGCCAGUGACAAAAGUUUCAGGAUAAUGUCACAGUUGACAUUUAAUCAUUUUUCUAUAGUCCAUACAAAUUAUGGCAAUUAAAUAAUCUAGAGUGAAUUAAUACUUGAAAAACCAAUUAUAACAUUUUCACUCAUUAACCUUUCACUCUGGCAAGUCACCUUGCUUUCAUUUUGAACCUCACUUGUAAUCGCCUGAAAUCGCUUAAGUCUCUACACUAGGGCCACCAUUGAAAUUCUGUUUUUUGCGUAUGUGCCAUAUUUAUUUGUAUUUCCUUCGCUCUGUUCGCAUGCUCCUUUUAUGCCAACUUGCUAUGGGCAUCUCAGAUGAUGGUUGGUAUGGUCCUCUGCUGUUCUUCAGAACUAUGGCCUCACCUAUUUGAAACAAACCCGGAGAGCAAAUGCGGAAAACUCGAGUGUAAACAACCGCUCCAGAACAUAGCUAGCUCCUUAAUAAAGAAAUGAAUCUUUCUAUAGCUAAUGUCUUUGAGUGCCGCAAAUAUCCCUUUUACUGUUACAAACAAUAGCCAGUGAUCAUAAGGCAGCGACUUGCUAAAGGCUUCUGUUUGCUAAGAAAGGGUUGGGGGUAACACAUCCCAUGCAAUUUUUUAUUUUUUUAAAGCUGGGGUGGGAGGAUACUCUUAUAGUCAAGAGGGCUGGCUAUGCUAUGCUUCAUCUUGCUAAUAAUCCUGCUAAGAUAUUGUGAAUGCUUUGAACUUCCUCAAAGUACACUCAAAUUGUAGGCCUGGUAGGGGACAACCCAGAGUCCAGGUUAUGCCACAGCUUAAUUCCCCUGAUUCCCAUUGAUGCUGGGUUUUGGCAUCUGUUAUUAACAAGAUAUCCAUUUCCCAUCGGAGCCUGUUCUUGCAGCUGCCAUCUUACAGGGAUGGGGGGAAUGUGGGAAG